AUGGAAGACGUUAGCCAACAACCACAGCAGGAGGACGUUGCUACCUCCAAGCGCAUCUACCUUGGAAACCUCCUGUACUCGGUCAAGCCCGGCACGAUCGAGGAGAUGCUCCACGAGGGCGGUUUUGGCAACUUUGAAAAGAUUCACAUCUCUGUCGACCCUGUCAGCGGCCGCAACCCGGGCUACUGCUUCGUCGACUUCCCCGACAAGGCCUCGGCCGACCGCGCUCUCGAGACGCUCGAUGUCUCGAUUGGCGGCCGUCCACUCAAGGUCCGCCCCUGCGAGCCCAAGAAGCCGCGUGCCUCGACCGGUGGCGCGCGCUGGGGUCGCGAGGCUGGCGCCGACUCUGCCUCCUCCUCGCCUGCCCGCACCACCACCGCUACCAGCACGACAAACAAUAGCAGCAGCGGUGCCGGAAACGGCCAGGGAUUCAACCGCUGGGGCGACUGGGGCUCGGGCCGCGACCAGCAGCGCGGCGGCGCCGACAGACAGGGUCCCGGCGCGGCCUCGAGCCAUUUUGACGAGAACAUGCAGGAGGACGGCCGCAGACUCUUUGUCGGUGGUCUGGGCAAGAUGAUUGACCAGGAGCACAAUCGUGUCGAGAUGGAGGCCGUCUUUGCAGACUUUAAGCCUGCCGCCAUUGGCAAGCGCAUUACGGCCCGCCCCGACGAGAGCAAGCCCGCGAGCGGCAACCGCAACUUUUGCUUUGUCGACUUUGACACGCGCGAGGAGGCCGAGACUGCGCGCCUGGCCCUCGACGGCAUCGAGCUCAACGGCACCCCCAUCACCGUGCGCACCGCCCGCCGCCAGCGCGAGCAGACGCUGCCCAGCAGCUUCCGCCACGACAUCCAGCGCAACAACAGCGGCGGCGCAGAGUCGCCCGCGGCUGCUGGUGCGGCCGACUCGCCGAGCAGGGCCUUUGCCUCGCGGGACUGGCGCCGUCGUGUGGAAUAA